AUGUUUAAGCCGAAAACCUCGAGGGAUCCAGAAUUUCGCAUUCCGUUGCAAUGCAUUUGGCUAAAACUGAAUGGCAGCUGGCCCUUGGCUGUGGGCAGCACAGAGGCAGAAUAUUUGUACGGCAUGGCGUAUACGUUAUGGUCGCUCUAUGUGAUUAUAUCGGUGGGCAUUACCAUUUGCUUUCAAACUGCAUUUCUGCUCAAUCAAUUUGGCGACAUUAUAAUGAUAACAGAAAGCUGCUGCACCACAUUGAUGGGUGCACUGAAUUUUGUGCGGCUGGUGCAUUUGCGUUUGAAUCAGCGCAAGUUUCGUCAGAUACUGCAGCAGUUUGUCACAGACAUUUGGAUAGCUGAGCAUGAGCAUGAGCAAAUAUCGCAGCAGUGUCGUCGCAAGAUGAUUACAUUUCGCAUCAUGACUGUGCUGCUCUCCUGCCUCAUUCUCAUGUACUGCAUUCUGCCCCUGGUGGAGCUCAUCUUUAUACUGGACGCCAACGCGGAGCUUAAGCCCUUUCCCUACAAAAUGGCCUUUCCCUUCAAUCCGUACAAGCAGCUCAGUCAUUAUGCCCUCACCUAUGCGUUUACCGCCUAUGCGGGCAUCUGUGUGGUCACCACGCUCUUUGCCGAGGAUUCCAUUCUGGGUUUCUUCAUCACCUACACCUGUGGGCAGUUUCGUUUGCUGCACGAGCGCAUCGAUCAGCUGAUGAGCCAGCUGCCUGCAGUGGGCGUGGAUCGCGUGGAGUUUCAAAAGCAGCAGCUGCAUCAGCUCAAUUCCAUUGCCCAUAAGCACAACAGAAUUAUGUGUUUCGCUCAACAAUUGGAGAACUUCUUCAAUCCCAUUUUGCUUGUUAAUGUCAUGAUAUCGGCCUUACUUAUAUGCAUGGUAGGAUUUCAGCUAGUAACGAGCAAAAAUAUGUUCAUUGGCGACUAUGCCAAGUUUCUGGUCUACAUAUUCUCCUCCACCACACAGUUGUACAUACUGUGCGGCAAUGGCGACACCCUAAUACAACAUUCUACGCAGACUGCGGUGCAUCUUUAUGCCUGCGGCUGGGAGCAGUUGGAGCGCGGAUCGACUAAUAAAGAAUUUCGCACAAACUUACGUUUCAUGAUUUUGUGCAGUCAGCGUCCAGUAAAGAUAACGGCAUUUAAGUUCUCAACAUUGUCGCUGCAGAGCUUUACAGCUAUACUCAGCACUUCAAUGAGUUACUUUACUUUGCUCAGAUCGGUUUACGAUGAUAAUCAAGAAUAA